CCAAGAUGUCAGUCUACGAGUCUUUACGCCUGCAUACAACAGAACAAUCCUACAUCUUCGAAUCCACAACAAGUGGCUACGGCUCCUCCAACAACGGAUGUCUAGUCGUCGCCAGAAGUGGUGACGGUGCCGUUCGCUACGAAGAGCAGCGUCCGGCUGUACUUGGUGCGUCGCAAGCCCCCCGCACAAUCUACGGCAUCCUCGGCCUCAUCCGCCUCCGCGUCCAGAAAUACCUCAUCCUCAUCACAAACCGCAAACGCAUCGGCCGUCUCGGCACCCACGACGUCUUCCAAAUAACAUCCACCGAAAUCAUACCCCUUGGCAACACCGUAAAAGACGCGGAUGAGACACGGUAUUUGGGGUUAUUGAGGGCGCAUUUGGGGACUGGGCCGUUUUAUUAUUCGUAUGAGGGUGAUGUUACGAAUUCUGUUCAGCGGGUCGCGCAAGCACAGCAGAAUGGGGCGGCGUUGUGGGAGAGAGCUGAUGAGAGGUUUUUCUGGAAUAGGUAUCUCCAGUCUGAGCUUAUCGAUGCACGCAGCGAGUACAAACAACUCGAUCACUUCAUCCUUCCCGUUAUGUACGGAUUCUUCGAGAUUCGGGCUACAACGGUUCAUGGUGCCCCCCUCACCUUCGUGUUGAUUAGUCGUCGUUCGCGGUUCAGGGCUGGUACGAGGUAUUUUACGCGGGGGAUUGAUAUGGAGGGACAUGCCUCGAACUUCAACGAGACAGAACAGAUCAUCAUCGUCAACCAAGGCGAAAAAGAGCGGCGGUUGAGUUAUGUACAAACGCGAGGCUCAAUUCCCCUAUUUUGGGGCGAAGUCAAUGACCUAAAAUACCGCCCCAAACUCAAGCUCUACGGCGGCAUCGAACACAACCUCGACCCCGCCCGCCUCCAUUUCGAAGAACAAAAAAGGAUUUACGGGGAGCAGUUCUUGGUCAACCUCGUUAACCAAAAGGGACACGAGCUACCCGUCAAGAACGCUUAUGAGGAUUUAGUUCAUAACCUCAAUGAUCCAGCUAUUCAUUACACCUAUUUCGAUUUUCAUCAUGAGUGUUCGGGGAUGAGGUGGCAUCGUGUACAAUUGUUGUUGGAUGCAUUGGAGCCGGGGUUGGGAGAGCAGGGGUGGACGGAUGUGGAGGACGGCACGCAGGUGCUGCGGACGCAGAAGAGUGUCGUGAGGACGAAUUGUAUGGAUUGUCUCGAUCGUACCAACGUGGUACAAUCAACCCUCGCCCGCCACGUCCUCACCCUCCAACUCUGCUCCCUCUCCCUCCUCGCUCCGGGCCAAGAACCGUGGACUGAUUCCGGGUUCGAGUUGAUGUUUAGGGGUGUUUGGGCGGAUAACGCGGAUUGUGUUUCGAAGAGUUAUUCCGGGACUGGAGCGCUCAAGACGGAUUUUACGCGGACAGGGAGGAGGACCAAGAUGGGUGCUUGGAAUGAUUUCUGUAAUUCUGUGACGAGGUAUUUCAUGAACAACUACCUCGACGGCCCGAGACAGGACGCCUACGACCUCUUCCUCGGCUCCUACAAACCCUACGAAAACCCGUCAACAACACCCUUCCUCGACCCCCGUCCCCUCCUAGCACAAUCAGCCCCAUACAUCCUCAUCUCCGCACUCAUCAUGCUCUUGUGCGCACUCGUUCUUCCACGGGAUGAGGAGGCGUGGAUUCCGUUGUCGUGGUUUGUGUGGGUUUGGGUUGGAGCAUUGGGGUGGAGUGGGAGGUAUGUGGUGGGACAUGGGGUUUUGUAUGUUAGUUGGCCGAGGUUGUGUGUGCCGGAGUGGGUUGAGAUGGAGGUGGGUGGUGGUAGUGGAGGAGUGGGUGUUGGGAGUGUAGGACAGAAGGGGAUGGGUGGGAGGGGGUUUUUGGAGGGGUUGCAGGGGAGGGAGGAUGUGGAGGUUGCGAGGAAGAGGCAGGAGUGACCUAUGCACUCUUGAAGCUCGAGGUCUGGAGGGUGGUUUUUGAGAGUUUAUGAUUGGGAAAGAAGAUUAUGUGAUAGAUCUAUAGUGACUUUGAAUUCAAUUGAGUAAUUCUGGAUUUUUAGAGUUUUUAUGGG